AUGCCGUCCUUCUUCGUUCCAGGCCACGGCCUGCCUCCCACUCCUCCUCACAUCAACAGCGGUGGUCGCCUUGAAGAGCCAUCCUUUUACCCGGUCGCCCAUUCUGCCUUCCCGCCUAGAUACCACCAGAGUGGUUGCGAGUUCAUCGAGCAGUACUCCCAGUCCUUGUGCUACGCCAAACCCAACGCAAUGAACUUGCACCCGGCUUCCCACCCGAUGCAUCCGGCCCGUCCAAUGUUCAACUGCCCCCCCAUGGAGAGUGCCAUCCCCCCGCAGUACCGGCGUCAGGACCUGGCCGCAAUGCAACAGGAGCAGCCUCGCAAGGAAGAGAAACCUGCCGGAGGAGUCGCCGCCCAUCUGGAUUACGAAAUGGAACGCAUGUCCGACUUCGUGGCGGAAAUGACCCAGGGAAUGUAUGAUCUGUACAACACCAAGCUUCACCUGCCAGAUAUUGACCUUGCGCGAAGCAUCUCCCCAGGAACCGCGGUGACCUCUCAAUUUCGGAAAUAUGUCUUUCAAAUCCUGUCCUCUACCCGUCUGCCGAGCUCGACCAUCUUACUGGGCCUUUUCUACCUGUCCAGCCGGAUGCGACAGCUAUCCAGCCAACGGGUCUACCACUCCGGUAGUGGUCAGAUCUACCACAUGCUAACUGUGGCUCUUCUCCUGGGAAGCAAGUUCUUGGAUGACAACACCUUCCAGAACAAAUCCUGGUCUGAAGUCAGCAACAUUCCUGUGGCGGAUCUGAACAAGAUGGAAUUGGAGUGGCUCUUUGCUUUUGACUGGAAGAUACACGACCGAAUCUACGAGCAGCAGGAUGGAUUCAACUUCUGGCGCUUACACUGGAAGAACUGGUCCAACAAGGCUAACGUGCGGGCCCAAGAGAUCCGCACGCAGCCGUUGGCCCCUCUUGACACUAACGUUGUGCGCCACCAGAACGUUUCCAAACCCCUGAUGUCCCCUGAAGGUCCUAUUCCUCCUCAGUACCAGCGUAGUUCUCAAAUCGAGAACUCCUGGCUUAACCCGGCAGCUUCUGAGUACUCGCCCCCAUCCGCCCCCCACAGUGGUCCCAACACUCCGGACUACUAUUCGGUCGGUCCCUGGGCCUACUCAAACCCGCCACCCCCGUACUCGCGAUCUUGGAUGCCUCCUUCGCAGUACCUUCCCACGUCGGCACCACGAUCUCAGCCUCCGUCGUACCACCACACCCCAGCCUACGGCUUGCCCUUUGCUCAGAGUGUGUGGACCGGCCACGGCUCAUCUUGUGGCUGCAUGUACUGUGCCAAACAUGUCGAGCAUUACAUGCAGAACAUGUUUCCGGCCUUGCAGCCCAUCGCUGCAUAA